UUCACUUUUCAUUCUCGUCCUUUUUUUAUAAGAUAAUGCUGGUGGGAGAAAAAGACUUUAAUUUGACCUCCGGAAUGAACACUCAUCAGACGAAACGCGGGAUCAACGUAACAUCGAAUCGUGGAUAUUUGAUGCAAAGUUCACCAGCGAUUAUGUUACUAAAGCAAACAGUGCCAGACGUAGUCGCCGAGGUGCCAAUGCGGGGUAUCCCUGUUGAUUUCGAAAACGACAAAUUUGUUCUACACGACGAGUGCGCUAUGAUCGGAUGGCAUUUCUUCAACAAAGGGGAUGUUAUAUAUCAAAAGAAGAAAUUUCUACUACAAAGGAAUAUGCGAGUGCAAUUUCUAAAUAUUGCUAAGAAACGUUUAUGGUGCGACCCGUUGUCAGUGCGAUUUCACGCAGCACUUGUAAAUCUUGGUUUCAUAGGUUAUUCUGAUGAAAGCACUUCGAUAUGUAUUAGGGAUGCAGAAAGAACCGCCCAACCAUGUCACGGUAUGUAUGGAUCGCCGCUGAUCUGCCAUGGCUCUGUGGUUGGAAUGAUGAUGGCCCCGGAUGCUCAGUGGUCGAACUGCACGGGUUUUAGCAACCUCAUUCAUAUAUUCAAGAGUAAAUCCCUUAUCUCUUACAUGCAGUGCGUCCAAAGCCUUUUCGUUCCUGAAUUCAUCAUGGAUUGGGAGACAAUGAAGAAAUCCUUCUACCAAGAAGUCAAAGACGAGUAUGAUUAUGUUACAGGAUUAUACGACGGACUAUUAGAAAACUCUGGCAGCUCAGAAGAACAGUGAAAAGAUAAAAAA